CCUCAAGCAUCUGGACUGCCUGAGUACAUAAAAAUUGUAGAAGUUGGGCCAAGGGAUGGAUUACAAAAUGAAAAGGUGAUAGUCCCAACUGAUACAAAAAUUGAGUUAAUCAACCAGCUUUCCAAAACAGGCCUGCCUGCAAUAGAAGUGACCAGUUUUGUUUCAUCCAAAUGGGUGCCUCAGAUGGCAGAUCACAAAGAAGUAAUGAGGGGCAUUGAGCGGCAUCCUGGAGUCCAGUAUCCCGUUCUCACACCUAAUCUUCAAGGUUUUCAUUCUGCUAUUGCAGCAGGAGCUACAGAAGUCUCAGUAUUUGGUGCAGCAUCUGAAUCCUUUAGCAAAAUGAAUAUUAAUUGUUCAAUUGAAGAAAGCAUAGAAAGGUUUGAAGAAGUCAUUAAAUCGGCAAGAAAUAUGAAUAUUCCAGUGCGUGGGUAUGUGUCCUGUGCCUUGGGAUGUCCAUAUGAAGGAAAUGUUGUACCAGAUAAAGUGGCAGAAGUAUCCAAGCGGCUGUACAGUAUGGGCUGUUAUGAAAUCUCUCUGGGAGAUACAAUUGGUGUGGGGACGCCUGGAAGUAUGAAAAAAAUGCUGGAAGCUGUUAUGAAAGAAAUUCCUUUGAGUGCUCUUGCUGUUCACUGUCAUGACACAUAUGGCCAGGCGCUAGCCAAUAUCCUCACAGCCAUACAGAUGGGAGUUGCUGUAGUGGAUUCAUCUGUUGCAGGACUUGGUGGUUGUCCCUAUGCAAAAGGUGCUACUGGAAAUGUAGCCACAGAGGAUGUGAUAUACAUGCUGAAUGGUCUGGGGAUCAACACAGGAGUAAAUCUUUGUGCCGUGAUGGAAGCUGGAAACUUCAUCUGCACAGCUUUGAACAAGAAAACAAACUCAAAGGUCGCACAAGCUUCCUUCAGAACUGGAACUACCAAUUAAACAGAGUUUUCUUUUUGCAGCUUGAUUACAUUUUCCAUUUACCUUGACCAAGGACAUUUGCAUCAGGAAAAGAAACAAGAAAACCACUGCGUCAAAGAAGCAAAAUAGAACUGAUAUAUAAUUCUUUUUUAAUGGGAGGAGUUACUGCACUGUACUGUCUUGUCAGAAAUUGUCUGAUUUGUAAGUAAGAAAUAAAUGACUGUAGUACAGAACCCUGUGCUUGGUACUUCUACAGAUGAGAAAAAUGUACAAACAUUUUACCAUGUUUUAAAUUGAAUUUUUAGUUGUUUUCAGGAAAACUGAAUAGAAGCAGUGAGUACAUAGUUACAUUUUAAUCAAGAUGUCCUUCAGAACAGUACAAAUAUUUUCAGUAGUUUAUGGGAUCUCACACUGUGUGUGGCCAUUCUAUUAUGUAUUUUAUUUAUCUGAAUUCUCGCUUUUCAUUUGUCAAGUCAUUGUGUUAAGAACACGGAGCCAGAUCUGAAUUCACUGUAACAUUUUUUUAGCAAUAGAACUUCUUUUAAAUUUUGUUUAACAUCUGUUAAAUUAUGGAUGACUUUAUCUUGUUCCAAGACAUUGUGGUGGAUGGCAUUCUGCCAGAUCCUUCAAAUUCUCUUGCAAAUUUCCUUAUUUGUUACAUAUGUUAGAUUUGUUGUACUUGCCUUUUUUUGGUCUAAUUAUUAAAACCUAAUUAUAUGAAGCAAAUAAAAAUGGGCAAGGUUUUCAGCAUCAUUCAGGUUCAUAGUGGUGUAGAAGAAGCUACAUUUUCAUCCAAGGUUUCAUCAAACAAUUACAUUUUUCAUUCUAUAGGCUAUGAAUUGAUAUUCUCAUUCAAAAGUCACAGGUUUUUUAGGAUAAUAGUAUUUUGCUGUUCUAGCUUACACAAAGGAAACCACUUACAAUUUCUAUUUGUGCUCUACUGAUAAUGAUACUAUUCUUUUAAAUCCCUUAGUUCAACAAGAUGCCAAUGAACUGCACUGUCAUUUUUAGAUCAAUAAAGAACAAAUGGACAAAUUCAAAGAGAAUUAUCCUAUUUAUAAAUGUUCAAGUGUGCCAUGAAAAUACUGUCAUGUUUUUCAGCCUGAAACUUCAGUACUCUUACUGGUUGGUUGGGUGAGAUCUGUCUGUACUUUGUGUACUUAACCUUGAUCUGUAUUUUUUCUGAACAUGGCCUGCUGACAUGAAAAUCUAAAA